AAGAUGAAGAUCCUGAAGACAUAGGAGAAGAAAUUGAUGAAGACACUGAGGAAGGAUCUGAUGAAGGGGAAAGUGAGGGGGACGAGGAAGAAGAGGAAGAAGAGGAGGAAUUAGAUGAAGAUGAAGAGAGGGAGGGUAGAGGCAGUGGAAAAGCGAAUCAGGACACUACUAAGUAUUUGGCCGCAGCAGCUCUAUCAGUCAAUGUUGGUAGCUUUGAAGAUCCUUUUGAAAUUCCAGGUCUCAUGCACUUCCUUGAGCACAUGGUGUUUUAUGGGGUCUGAAAAGUAUCCCAAAGAGAAUGCUUUUGAUUAUUAUAUCAAGAAACAUGGUGGGCGUGAUAAUGCUCAUACUGAUAUGGAGCACACAACAUUUUACUUUGAGGUACAGGAACGUUUUCUAAAUGAAGCCUUGGACAGGUUUGCCCAAUUUUUUAUCCAGCCACUUAUGAAGUAUGCAGAAGAUGAAGAUCCUGAAGACAUAGGAGAAGAAAUUGAUGAAGACACUGAGGAAGGAUCUGAUGAAGGGGAGAGUGAGGGGGAAGAGGAAGAAGAGGAAGAAGAGGAGGAGUUAGAUGAAGAUGAAGAAAGGGAGGGUAGAGGCAGUGGAAAAGCGAAUCAGGACACUACUAAGUAUUUGGCCGCAGCAGCUCUAUCAGUCAAUGUUGGUAGCUUUGAAGAUCCUUUUGAAAUUCCAGGUCUCAUGCACUUCCUUGAGCACAUGGUGUUUAUGGGGUCUGAAAAGUAUCCCAAAGAGAAUGCUUUUGAUUAUUAUAUCAAGAAACAUGGUGGGCGUGAUAAUGCUCAUACUGAUAUGGAGCACACAACAUUUUACUUUGAGGUACAGGAACGUUUUCUAAAUGAAGCCUUGGACAGGUUUGCCCAAUUUUUUAUCCAGCCACUUAUGAAGGUGGAAACCAUGACAAGAGAACGUGAAGCAGUGCAUAGUGAGUUCCAGAUGGCAGUACCUGAGGAUUCGUAUAGAACCCAGCAGCUCUUUGCUACUCUUGCUGCUGAUGGUCACCCAAUGGGGAAGUUUACUUGGGGUAAUGAAUCCACCCUGAAUGUUGGGAUCCCAGACGAGGAACUACACAAGAAGCUUCACGAGUUGCGACUGCGAUACUACUCAGCACAUUACAUGACUUUAGCUGUACAGGCUAGGCUCUCUUUGGAUACUUUACAGGAAUAUGUUACGAGUAUAUUUUCUCUGAUACCAAAUAAUGGUCUUUCCUGCCCAUCAUAUAAGCACCUAGAGCUCCCCUUUCCCGUGGAGAAAUUUCACCGUCUGUACCGGAUUAUCCCCAUGAAGGAAUACCACUCAGUAGAGAUUAACUGGGCUUUGCCUUCCUACCUCAAGCACUAUAAAACAAAGCCGUUGCACUACAUCUCUCACUUACUCGGCCACGAAGGGAAAGGCUCCAUUCUGUCGUACUUGAAGAAGAAAGUGUGGGCAGUUGGACUGUAUUCUGGCAAUGAUGGGUCAGGAUUUGAGCAUAACACCACUUAUGCUGUUAUGAGCAUUAGUGUAGAGCUGACAGAUGAAGGCUUCAAAAAUCUGGAUCAGGUCCUGCUGGUAGUAUUCCAGUAUCUCUACAUGAUUCAGCAGACUGGACCAGUAGAGAGAAUUUUCAGGGAGAUUCAGCAGACAGAAAAGUUGAAUUUUGAUUAUGCUGAAGAGGAGACAGCUAUUGAGAAUGUUGAAAAUCUCUCGGAAGGAAUGAGGAUGUUUGAGCCCGAGGAUUAUCUCACGGGAGACUCCUUGCUCUUCGAAUAUGACCCGGAGGUUAUAAGGAAUUGCAUGCAACAGUUGGUACCUGAAAACUGCAAUAUUAUGAUCAGUUCCAAGAGUUAUGAAGGCCAGGAUGUUUGCUGUCUGACUGAAGACUGGUUUGGCACAAAAUAUUCUGUUGAAGAUAUUCCUCAAGAGUGGGUGAAGGCAUGGAGUAAACCACCAGAAAACCCCCAUUUGUUCAUCCCGUCUCCAAACAAAUUCAUACCAGACAACUUUGACUUACUUAAAGUUGAAGAAGGUGCUACAGAAUACCCAAGAGUACUUCAGAAGGAUGAUUGGGGCGAGGUGCUCUACAAACAGGACCAGAAGUUCAAGUUGCCUAGGACAUACUGCUACAUUUACUUCCUGUCAGACCUCCUUCUGCAGUCUCCCAGAGCUGCAGCUCUGUUGGACCUGUACCUGAACCUGUUCCAGCAGCACUUGAUGGAGGAUAUCUACCCAGCCAACAUGGCCCAGUACCACUACACCAUCAGUGCGACAGAGCGAGGCUUAGUCUUCAAAAUCAAUGGUUUCAGUCAGAAGCUUCAUCAAAUGCUGGAGCUUCUACUUCAUCACAUGGACACAUUUGAAGAACAUUUGGAUGAAAAGUCUUUCCAAGAGAUAAGACAGCAGCAAAUGAAAUCCUAUCAUAAUGCUAUUAUCAAGCCAGAGAAUAUGAAGAAGAACAUCCGACUGUCAAUAGUGCAGCUUGUGCACUGGACACCUUAUGAGAAAUUGAAAGCGAUAGUUGAUGUGACAAGCAAAGACCUUUUGGAAGACUUUGUGUGUAAGCUUUACCCAACCUGCCACAUACGGAUGCUUGUCCAAGGUAACACAUCAGCCUCACAAGCACUAGACAUGUACAACUUAGUUAAGUCAAGAAAGGUCAAGUGUGAGAUGCAGGCUGUGCCUUCUUUCCCCGAGGGUAACACAUCAGCCUCACAAGCACUAGACAUGUACAACUUAGUUAAGUCAAGAAAGGUCAAGUGUGAGAUGCAGGCUGUGCCUUCUUUCCCCGAGGGUAACACAUCAGCCUCACAAGCACUAGACAUGUACAACUUAGUUAAGUCAAGAAAGGUCAAGUGUGAGAUGCAGGCUGUGCCUUCUUUCCCCGAGGGUAACACAUCAGCCUCACAAGCACUAGACAUGUACAACUUAGUUAAGUCAAGAAAGGUCAAGUGUGAGAUGCAGGCUGUGCCUUCUUUCCCCGAGGGUAACACAUCAGCCUCACAAGCACUAGACAUGUACAACUUAGUUAAGUCAAGAAAGGUCAAGUGUGAGAUGCAGGCUGUGCCUUCUUUCCCCGAGAUAGAGGAUGAAAAGUGUGUGAAUAUAUCUUGUAACAGGAAUUUAAUGACAGAUCUUUUCAUUCCAAAGAUUGAAUUGAUAAAAAACAUCACACGAGACAAUGUGGCCGAGUGUCUGGAAAAUCUGGUGUGUAAUAAGAGUAACGAAGGAUAUAGGAAGCUGACCGUGCAAGUCGUGGGGGCGUCCAACCCAGAGGAUGGAACACCGCCUGCCCUGGAUGGCUUGCUAGGAGAAGACAGUGUAGUGAAGUUCCUGGGACCAUGUGACAAGAGUGCUGUGAAAGACUAUCCUGCAGAAAACUUUAUCACAGAUAUUGCCAGCUUCAAGGGAAAACUCGAACCAUACCCAGUAACCAAGAUUGUUUAACAUUCGUUGUAAAGAUUAGGUGAUGUGCAUUUUCAUUAGAUCAUCUUUAGAAACAAUAGGUAUCCCCAGUCCUUGUGUAUCUUGUGGAAGUGUAGGCCUCUUCGACAGUGAAUUUUAACUGAUAAGGUGUUGGGAGAGUUGUUAUGUAGAGGGUAUAUAAUUUUUUUUUUUUUUUUGUUUCUUUUAUUUUAGUUCAGACUUUCUGAUGAGGGAAUAGUGGUAAUUGAUAUUUUUUACUGGUGGCAUAAUUUUCUCCUUCACAUGUUUCAGUGACUAAUAUUGUGAUUAGUGCUUAGAGCUUGCUGAUGCCCAGAUAUUGGUUCCUAUGCAUAACAGAACCAAAGAUUUAUGGAAGAAAGUGGAUUAAUGAUGUAUUAUAAUAGGUUGUUAUAAUAAAAAAGGAAAAAAAAACAUAUAAAAAGUUAUGUUCUAAAGGAAAUAUAUAAUAUUUCUAAAAGGUGAAAAUAUUCAUGGUUUCAGUGUUUCAAAUUUUAAGGUAUUUAAGAAUUAUAUAGAAACCUUUUUUCAAAAGCCUCCAGUAUUGUAAACAUGUAUAUCUUUUAAACCUACAAAAGUACAGGUAAGGUUUAUCAAAACUUGCAUAAAAAAUAUGCAAACAUUUUAAUGUAAUAAAGAGAAGCUAUUAUUUUUUUUGCUGUUAAAGUUUGAGUAUUGAGUGCCAAACAUAAGCAUUGAAAAUUGCUCUAUUCACAUUAUACUCAUGAGAAGUAAAUUUGUAUCAAUGGAGCCUGGGAAAUGCAUGCUUUUUCAAGUGUGAUUUGAGAAAGAAUAGCAAUAUGUGCUAUAUAAUAGUGUUAGUGAAUGGUACUAUAUGUGCAUAAUAACAAUUGUGUUUAUCUAUCCCAUAAAGAAAUCUGUUAAAAAGAACCCAGAAAAAAGAUAAAGAAUCCAGAUAAUAAAUAUAUGAAUUUAGGAAAAUGAAAUUCACUAUAUGUAAUAUGUUCCUGGAAAGAUUUAGUUGUAAGUGGUAGUUUUAUGAUCUUCACUCAUGAUGGUGGAAAUGCAGUUGGAGUGGAAAGCAAUAGUAAUACUUAACCCUCCAGAAGAUUGCAACAAGUCUUGGCCUUUGUGGAGGAAAAGUUCUAUACUAACAUCUGAUAAAUCCCUGUACUUUAUGAAUUAGCUCUUUGUUUUAUAUAUUGCAUGAAGUGUGUUUGUUCCAAAGCAUUUUUAUAAAAUAUGUAAAUAUGUAUAAGACACGGGAGCAUUAUUCAUUCUAAUUUUCAUUGGUUUUGAUGAAGAGACCAAUCAUUCUUUUGAACCACAGGAGACCAGGCCUACUCAUGGAAGUAUUUGAUUGAUUAAUGCCCUUGCAUUGACAAAGGGAUUUGAUAUGAUUACUGUAGUGCUGAAAUUGGUUCCAUGCAGAUGUAAGCCUCUCUUUGUUGCUUUACUGUAAACUGCUAUUGUACUGUAAACUUGUAUGAUUUGCAUUACUAAUGUGGUAUGUUCCUAUAAACUUUAUGAUUCCUUAUACAUCAAAUAUCAAGUGAAUGAAGACCAGUAAUUAAGAGGGGUAAGAAGCUGGUUUUCAUAAUAAAGCUUUUCUUUAGUUAAUGAAAUCCAUUCUGGAGAAUUUACAGGUUUGGAAGCUAUCAUGUCACAAUGAUCGAAAACAGUUAAGAAUUCAGGUCUUUGCCUGUUUCCAAAGUCCAGUGUUAGAGUGUGUCUACCACACAUUAAAAGACAUAGAAAAUAGAAGUGACUUCUCAUUUUCUAUCACAGAUUGCACUUUACAUGUCUCUAAAUGGAUCAGAUUCCCCUCCAGAAUCUAAUCCACUGGUCUGUGUAUUAUGGGCCCAUAACGUUUUAUCAAUCUGUCAAUUACUUUUUAUUGCAAUCUUGAUUACAAAUUAACAGCAGCCAUGAAACUAAGCAAUUACCCAAUAAACAUUUGCAAAAGCACACCUCUUGGCAUUGCAGGUAAAUGGAGAAGCUCUGUGUGAUGGAGUGAGCUUCAUCUCCUAGGCAUCCUUUGUAUUAAUUUCUCUGAAUUAUUCUUUCUGUUGUUGGCUGUGAGUGCAUGAUACAUUUGGUUUAGAAAGAGGAUUUAGUAGAAGAAGGAAUCUUACUACAGUUAUGUGAACUGUGCCAGUCAAGCAGCACUCUGACCAUAAUACUGUAUGUAAAUUGCCUGUCUGCCUUGUUACCAGUGAGGUUGUUCUAGAGCAGAUAAAUACAUUUGAACUAACCCAUGUGCCUGGAUUCGUAAUUGUUUAGUGAAGUAGACUUUUUAUGAGGAUUUUGGGACAAGCAAAUUCGUGUUCAGAUGCAAGGGUGUGUGUUGCCUUCUAGGAAAAGAAUGACAAUAAGAGGUCUGUAAAUUUAUCAGAUAGACAGGGAUGAAAAUACAUUUUAAUUUUUGAAGACCUCAGGCUUUCCCUGUUUUCACUGACUAUGACUUUGUCUGAUUUGGCUCGAUUCAAUAAAGAAAUUAAUACCUUU